AUAGAGGGCCGCAGCAGAGGCCAGGCAGCUCAGACCCAACUGUCUCUUGAACAGACCAGCUCAUACCUACAGCCAUGGCACCCACUGUUGUUGGACACUUCUUUAAGGAUCACAUGACUCCGGCUCACAAGCUGAGAAAGCCAAUGGUGGAGAAGCUGCGGCGAGAUCGCAUCAACACAAGCAUCGAGCAGCUCAAGUCUCUGCUGGGGCCGGAGUUCCUCCGCCAGCAGCCGGACUCCAAGCAGGAGAAGGCCGAUAUCUUGGAAAUGGCUGUGGCCUACCUGAGAAACUGGAGGCAGCAGCAGCAGCAGCAGGCGGCCGAGACCUGUGACCGCAGGGCCGCCAGCGAUGGCUACUCCCACUGUGUCCAGGAGGCGGUCAGCUUUCUGUCGCACUGCAAGAUCCACACUCAGGCCCACAGCCAGCUGCUGGGCCACUUCCAAGGCCUGCAGACACCUGGCCGGACCCACCAACGCGCCGGCAGCCGCUCUCCUCCGGCAUCACCGCUGCACCAAGCCGGUAAAGGUGUGAACCUUAGCAACGGCACCCUGUGGAGACCCUGGUAGGAAGGAGGAAGUGAUCCUCUCUAUCCACGUCUGUGAAGUUGGAGCCUCCUGAAGAGCUCUGAAGCCCCGGUGAGGCACAAUGUGCCGGCUAUCUUCUGGACUGAUCUGAUUCAGGUUCUACUGAACAUCCAGCCAUGUGAAAACUACUUCACUCUGUGAAUGACUUGACUCUGGCUUUUGAAAAGCAAACUAUCUGAAAUGAUAUCUGUCCGUCAAAUCUUAUAUGUGAACCCAUGUUGGGUGUGAACACUGUGUGUUCCAGUAACUUCUGUUUUCAUCGAUAAACACAACCUCAUCUGGAUCCUGUGGAUCCAUGUUUAAUGUUCAUCACGCUGUGAUGUUUCUUGACUCUUUGUGACCUUGGAAAAUGUAUGAUGGAAUAUUUCUAUUGACCCUGUGGUUGUCAAUAUUUCCCACGUUUCUGUCAUCUGACUAGUACCUUCUGCGAAGGUGAUCAGUGUUUUCUGUGAAGAACCUCUGCAUUUGCUUCCAUGAGAAGU